GGACUCAAGAAGCUGUCCAAGUCUGACCAGCUGGUCGUCUGCUCCGUCGACGAGAGUGGGGAGCACGUGAUCGCCGGCUGUGGUGAACUACACGUGGAGAUUUGCCUCAAAGACCUUCGAGAGGAGUUUGCUCAGUGCGACUUCACGGUGUCAGACCCAGUGGUCUCGUACCGGGAAACGAUCAAAGAUCAUGUGGUGAAUACCUUCCAGUGGGUCACGAAAGAGGGUCCUCUGUGUGAAGAGAGCCUGCGGGGUGUCCGCUUCAAUCUCUCCGAGGUCCUCCUCCACACCGACAAGGUUCACCGUGGGGCAGGACAGAUCAUGCCGGCCACGAGGCGCUGCUGCUUUGCCUCCGAGUUGACUGGUUCGCCUACGCUGCAAGAGCCAGUCUUCUUGGUGGAGAUCACGACCCCGAAGGAUGUCCUUAGUGGUGUCUACAGCUGCAUGUCUCUUCGGCGAGGCUGCAUCUUCGAGGAGAAUCCGCGUGAGGGCACGCCACUGGUCCAGGUCAAGGCUUACCUGCCGGUGUCGGAAUCGUUUGGCUUCGUCGCCGCACUGCGCCAGGCGACCAGCGGCCAGGCAUUCCCACAGUCUGUCUUCGACCACUGGGAAAGCCUGCCAGGCAACUGCCUCGAGAAGGGCAGCAAGAUGGAGGAGCUGGUCCUGGGCAUCCGUAAGCGGAAGAGCUUGAAAGUGGAGAUGCCGUCCUUGACGGACUACCUUGACAAGCUGUAG